CAGAAAGGUGUAAAUGCUGUAAAUAGAAAUCAAUUUUGUCCAUAAUAAAAGGUCUUCUUCAAAUUGUUAUUUUCAUCAUGGUAUCAAAGCAAGCUUUCCUAGACCUUAAUGUUAAAACUGAAGUCGAGCCGAAGCUAUCAAUCCAGUCGUUCCAUCAGUGUUCCAGCUUUAUCUCCAUCAAGUUGGACUCGUCAAACUAUCUCCUAUGGCGAUCACAAAUCCUUCCAUUUAUCAGGAGUCUAGGUGUAUACCAUCACAUUAGUAGACCAAACAAGCCAUUGAUGGAAAUUGUCCUUCAAAAUGGUGAUAAGUUUUUCAAUUCGAACUAUGCUCUUUGGAACAACAAUGAUGGUCUUCUAACCACCUGGUUACUAGGUACUAUGAGAUAGAUGUACUUAGCCAUACGUUUGGACUUGAGAUAGCUUACCUUGUGUGGCAUUCCAUCGAAGAGCACCUGCGGCCAGCAACAAAGGAAAAGGAGAUCUUCCGCACAGACAAUCUCAUGGGAUUGAAGAAAGAAAAUCUAUCAAUCAAUGAGUAUAUUCGUAAGUUUUCUAUCUAUGAUAAUCUUGCUAUUGGUAAACUGGUAGGUGACCUUGACAAGUGUUUUCAUUUAUCUCGUAGUCUUGGUGCCAAAUUUUAAGAUUUCAAUCUAGCUAUGUUAUCUAAGGCACCAUAUCCAUCCUUUACACAGUUUGUUUUGGCUUUGAAAGCACAUAAUCAGACUUUGUCAAAUGAUCAAUUUGAGGACAGCUCACGGGUGGAUCCAACUCAAGCAUUUUUGAGCAGUCGUGGAAGAGGAAGGGGACGACAAGGUGGAUGGUUUUCCUCCCAUGGAAGAUGUUUCAAUCCUAUUGGCCGAUCCACAUUCUCAUCUCCUGUGAACAAUUGGAGCUAUCAAGAAAAUCAAAAUCCACGGACUUCUGGAGGUAAAACAGAUGAAAAACCUAUACCUAACAAUGCUAUUGUGUGUCAGAUUUGCACAAGGCCUUAUCAUACUGCUGAUAAGUGCUGGAAUUGUUAUGACCUUUUUGAUGAACCAAGAAAUGCACAGCAAGCUUAUACAGCUUUCCAAGGAGCAGAUGACAAUAUAUUUUAUGCCGAUUCAGGUGCCAAUGCUCAUAUGACAAAUCAAGAAGGAUCAAAGCAAGCGAAUAACAGUAAAAGGAGUAGGAGAGGUGGUCUGUAUGCACUUGACAAUGGGUAUCUAGAAGCACUAAAUGUUGUACGGAAAGGAAUGGUUUCUUCUAGCCUAUUGCAUCAGCGACCAGGACAUCCAAAUUCAAGAAUUCUUUAAGUUUUGAGUCAAAAUUAAAAUAUUUUAGUUUCAAGUUGGUUAAAGUCCUCGGUUUGUAAUAGCUAUCAAUUCGGAAAGCAAUCUAAAUUCCCUUUUAGUGUUUCCAAUAACGUAAUGGAUUUUCCUUUAGAGAAAAUUCAUUGUGACUUAUGGACCAGCUCCCAUAGUCUCAAAUCAAGGUUUAAGAUAUUAUGCAAUUUUUACAGAUGAUUGCACUUGUUUCUCAUGGCUAUAUCCUAUGAAGAAAAAGUCAGAUUAUUAUGAUACCUUUAUUAUUUUACAAAAACUUGUUGAAAAUCGUUUUGAAAGGAAAAUUAAAAUUUUUCAAUGUGAUAAUGGAGGAGAAUUCAUUUCAACAAUUUUUACAACUCAUUUAGCUUCAUGUGGAAUACAACAAUAGUUUUCAUGUCCAGGCACUCCUCAACAAAAUGGCAUUGCCGAGAGGAAACAUCGUCAUAUUGUUGAGACAUGAUUGACUAUGAUGUUUCAUUCUAAUCUACCACUAAAAUAUUGGGUUGAGGCUUUCCUCACCACCAUUUAUGUUAUAAAUCGACUACCUUUGAGUGUGCUAAAAAUGGAGACUCCCUAUUACAAACUAUUUGGAUGUGAGCCAGAAUAUAGUGGCCUUUGGGUUUUGGGUUGUAGGUGCCACCCUUACUUAAGAAAACAAGGUGAACAUAAAUUUACCAUGAAGACAUAUCCCUGUGUAUUUAUUAGUUACAGCACUUUGCUCAAAGGUUAUAGAUAUCGUGAUCCUGUCUCUCAUAAAGUAUAUAUAUCUAGAUAUAUAGUCUUUGAUGAAGAAUUUUUUCCUUUUGUACCUAACAAAGGCUCUUCUGGAACUGUUAUGCAGCACCCACUACGUCUAACUACAUUUCCAGAUAUGGAUGAAUGGAUUCAAGGACCCACACCGAAAAUUGUCAAUGCUUCUACAAUGCCGACACCUAUUCAGCAUCACAUAAUGAUGCCAUCUCAUGUUAGCUAUUGUAAGUCAUCAAGUGAGUCUUUAAAUUCUAGAACAUCACGUGUAGAGUCCCUAGAUCCCCAUGUGACACCCACCGAAUUUCAACAAGAGUCAAUCACCACAGAUUCUCACUCUCAUGUGACACCCACUAAUACUUCCCACUCCAAUUCAAUGACUGUGUCUUCAGCUGCCAAUGAAAGUGCAUCACAACUCCCUAGUAAUCCUCCCUUAGAAGAUCGGCCCUCUCAAAUAGAUUUACACACUCCACCCGAUAUUUCUUCCCAAUUAUUUGUUGAGUUGCCCAUCCACAAUAAUCCUCCACCAAUCCCACUGUCUACAUAUAGUCACCCAAUGUUAACUCGGCACCACUUACACGUGCAUUCGAAUCGAAAACUCUUAAAAUAACUCUUAAAUCAAGAGAAUGGGUUGCUGCUAUGAAAGAAGAAAUUCAACCAUUGCAUAACAAUAAUAAGUGGGUGUUAGUUCCUUGUCUUGUUGAUGUAAAUGUAGUUGGAUCAAAGUGGGUUUAUUGUACAAAAUUUAAAGAAGAUGGCUCUUUGGACAUAUACAAAGCUAGGCUAGUUGCCAAAGGAUUUACACAAGUUGAAGGAUUAGAUUAUGAAGAGAUCUUUAGUCCAGUGGUAAAACCGGAAACUAUAAGGCUCAUUCUUUCUAUUGCUCUAAUGUCAAAGUGGGAAAUCAAGUAGCUAGAUGUUAAAAAUGCUUUCCUUCAUUGUGACUUAAAAGAAACAGUGUAUAUGGAACAACCUCCAGGUUUUCAUGAUCCCCUCAAACCGUCUCAUGUUUGUCUCCUAAAGAAGUCACUCUAUGGUUUAAAGUAGGCACAAAGAGCUUGGUUUGACAAACUCUCUCAAUGUCUCAUAAAGUUUGGUUUUCUUUGCAGCAGAGCUGAUCCUUCCUUGUUCAUUUACAAUAAUGGUAAAUAUAUUGUACUUCUUUUAAUUUAUGCAGAUGAUGUUAUUAUAACAGGAUCAAAUACAGCCUUUUUGAGCUAGAUUAUUCAUUAUUUGGGCACACAAUUUGCUCUCAAAGACCUUGGAGCCAUUCAUUACUUCCUUGGCAUUGAAGUCAAGCAUUUCCAUGGGGGACUCUUCUUUUCUCAAUUGAAAUAUACAUAAGACCUCCUUAGGCAUGCAAAUAUGCUUGACACAGCACUUAUAACCACUCCCAUAUCUGUCAAAUCACCAAAUCUACCAGAUGCCGUUGAACCCGUGGAUGCAACAAAGUAUUGCAGCAUUGUAGGUACAUUGUAGUACCUAACCUUUACUCAUCCAAAUAUCCAAUAUGCAGUAAACAAAGUUUGUCAACACUUUCAGAGUCCUAUAAAGGGAAAUCUUCAAGAAGUCAAGCACAUCCUACAUUAUUUGUGUGGAACCUUAAAGUAUGGGAUUCGGUUAUUGGCACAAAGCUCCUCUACUUUGUUUGCUUGCUCAGUUGUAGAUUGGCCUGGUUGCCCCGUUGCACAGAGAUGUACUUCAGGUUGCUCUAUUUACCUAGGAGCUAAUUGUGUGUCUUGGUCUACAAAGAAGCAAUCUACCGUUUCACGUUCAAGUGUUGAGGCAGAAUACCAAGCUAUGGCUGCAGCAACUGUUGAAUUGCUUUGGUUGUAUUAUAUUCUUCAAGACAUUGUUUUUUCUUACUGAAAACCAGUUCAGCUUUUUACAUGGCUGCAGCAACUGUUGAAUUGCUUUGGUUGUAUUAUAUUCUUCAAGACAUUGUUUUUUCUUACUGAAAACCAGCUCA